CCUCGCCCCGCCUCGCCCCGCCCUCUUCUUCGGCGCUGUCGCUCAGCUGGUAGCUGCGGCUGCUUCGGGAAAGCGGGAGGAUGCGCUGAACCUCGGCUGCGGUGACCGUGUCCAACGCUCAUCACAGGGUGCGCUGUCUACCUGGAGAACAUUUUUCUCUGAAGGAAAAGAUGCUGUCUCCACAUGAGAACAAGUUGGAAAAACUGGAUCCAUUUUAUAGGCCUUCAGCAUCCAAACAGAAGACCAGCGCGGAGAUCAUAAGCGAAGCGCGAAAUGCGCUACGGAUGGUUAAAACUCAAAGACCGUUUACCCCGCAGCAAGAGCAGAGAAAGCUGUUUGGAGCCGGGUCUGCAAGAACGCCAGAAAACAGGCCUCCUUCCACCUUCAGCCUCCAUGCGUCCAGCUUUGAGUCAUCUGAUUCCAGGCCUAUCUCUGGCACACGUCUCAGCCCGCUAGAGCUGAAGCCGAAAGCUCCAGCAUCUCCCAGCACGGAGCAGGAUCCCUGCCUGUCCUUUCCCAGACCCCCGGUGGACCCCGCGAAGAUCAGACGGAUAAGCAGCGCCCGGGCGCGCCUGUUCCGGGCGGCGUCUCAGGGGCCUCUGCUGCCAGACAGAUUGCUUCCUCCCGCCAACGCCAAGAAGCUGGUGGAGUCCAAAGGAGCAGUUUUGAUGGGGGACUCUCUGGUGAACGUAAAUGGCAUUUGCCUAACAAAACCAAAAACCCUCAGCCAUGCCAGGAGUCACCCACUGCAGCUGACUUACGAUGGAGGCUUCAGGGAAACCCAGGAGCAAGAAAUGUUCAAAGAGGCAGCAUCCUUGCCAUCCCAUCUCCAAAGCGGAGGGGCCCAGGGGAAGAGGUGUGUGACGACUUCAUCGUGCCUCGGCAGCUGGGACCUGGGCAGGCCAGAAACCAAAGCAGUCUCAAAAGCCGACUUGCGAGAGAAGGACGCCGAAAAAGAAGACGAAGUCUUUUGGAAUAUAAGGAUCCUACCGAUUUUGCAUGAAUUAGAAAAGGAAGAAAACAUUGAAACCAUCUGUGCUGCUUGCACACAACUGCAUCAUGCAUUAGAGGAAGGAAACCUGCUUGGAAAUAAAUUUAAGAGAAGAAGCAUUCUCCUGAAGACCCUAUAUAAACUAGUUGACUUCAAUUCGGACUUGCUCAGCCUUAAACUUGCCAAAAUUAUUCUAGCACUUAAAGUGAGUAGAAAGAAUCUCCUUAAUGCCUGCAAACUUAUAUUUAAAAUUAGCAGGAAUGAGAAGAACGAUUCUCUGAUUCAGAGUGACAACAUUCUGGAGUCUCUCCUGGAGGUGCUGAGGAGUGAGGACCUGCAGACCAACACUGAAGCUUUCUUAUACUGCACGGGAGCUAUAAAAUUUCUCUCCGGAAAUCCAAGUUUCCUCAGUGAAAUGAUCAGCAGAGGCGUCGUGGAAAUACUGAUGAGUCUGAUAAAGGAGAUCAACGAGAACACCGCGGCGCGAGGUGCAUGUCCGCCUGAUUCGGGCCACUUGCUGGUGCAGGUGACAGCGACACUGAGGAACCUGGUGGAUUCACCGCUGGCAAGAACCAAGCUCCUGGGCAUCAGUGCCCUGCCCCAGCUCUGCACAGUGAUGGAACUGUGCAUGGGUGACAAGGACGUCUGCACCAAUGUCACCAGAAUAUUCAGCAAGCUCACCUCCUACCGUGACUGCUGUGCAGCCUUGGCCAGCUGUUCCAGAUGUUAUGCUUUGUUUUUGAAUCUGAUAGACAAAUACCAGAAGCAGCAGGAUGUCGUCGUCCGCGUCGUCUUCAUCCUGGGCAACCUGACAGCCAAGAGCAACCAGGCCCGCGAGCAGCUGUGCCGGGAGCGCGGGAGCGUGCGAAGCCUGCUGGCGCUCUUCCGCGCCUUCCAGCGCCUCGACGUGCGGGCCUCCCCGGCGCGGGCGCACGGCGCCGCCCUGCCCAGGCCGCCGUCCGAGGCCGAGGCCGUGCUCGUCAAGCUGACCCGCGUGCUGGCCAACCUGGCCAUCCACCCGCGCGUGGGCCCCGCGCUGGCCGCCGACCCGCGUCUCGUGAGCCUGCUCCUGAGCACGCUGGAAUACAAGUCACUUGAGGAUUGUGAGGAGCUGGUGAUCAAUACCACGGCAACGAUCAACAACUUGUCUUUCUACCAAGUGAAGAAUUCCGUAAUCCAGGACAAAAAACUCCAUAUUGCUGAAUUGCUCUUAAAGCUUCUUGUGAGUAAGAACAUGGAUGGGAUCCUGGAGGCUGUGCGUGUUUUUGGGAAUCUCUCCCAGGACCAUGAAAUCUGUGAUUUCAUCGUGCAGCACAAUGUACACAAGUUCAUGAUUGCUCUGCUGGACGUGAAGCAUCAGGAUGUCUGCUUUUCGGCCUGCGGCGUUCUCCUCAAUCUCACCGUGGAUAAAGACAAGCGUGGCCUCCUGAAGGAGGGAGGCGGCAUUAAAAAGUUAGUGGAUUGUUUAAGAGAGUUUGGUCCUACUGAUUGGCAGCUGGCCUGCUUGGUUUGCAAAACUUUAUGGAACUUCAGUGAAAAUAUCACAAAUGCUUCGUUGUGUUUUGGAGAUGAAGACACCAAGACACUCUUAGACCUGUUGUCCUCGUUUUUAGAUGAAGAAUUAGCGCUGGAUGGCAGUUUUGACCAAGACCUAAAAAACUAUCACAAACUCCACUGGGAAACAGAGUUCAAACCUGUGGCACAGCAGCUUCUGAACCGCAUUCAGAGGCACCACACCUUCCUGGAGCCCCUGCCCAUGCCUUCCUGCUAAUCCACCCAGACUCGCCAUGGGAGCAGCAAAGCAGGUCUCCCCCUCGUUCCCACGAAGCAGUCACAGACGUGAACAUUGUCGUCCACAUUCACAAACAUGGAGAGUUUUUCAAGCGCUGACGUUAGUAGGCUAAGUGUUGUGAAAUAACACAGCUCUUGUCUCUUGUUGGGUAUUAUGGAGAAAUGAACACACAUGUUAUGUUUUCUGCUAUGAGAAGUAUGAGAUGAUAAUAUAUGCAUGUUUAAGUCAGAGACUUUUUCCUCGAUUCCCUGUGAAAUAAUUUAUUUCUAGUCUUAAAAAUCCUUAUGUAACAACUUCGGGAUCUGAGUGCCUGUUGGUGCGGUGGUUACAUGGGCUGCCAGUGAAGACUGUUAGCUUUUGUGUAGAGAAAGAUUGGUGAUCAACAUGAAUGAACACAGCACCCCGUGAGCAUCUGGACGGCUUCUUACUGCUUCUGAAACUACGUUUUCUGGUUAGGUAAUGCUGGCCUUCAGGUUCAGAGAAGGAGUAAGCAGGGAAAGAUAGAAGGAUGCUUUGGACCUUCUACUUUUCAUGCAAUGAGUAAAACAGAUAAAAAGGGGGAGGAUUUUACCUCUUUGUUUUCCUUUAAAAUAAAAUG